AUGACGGGCGGUGGAAGGUUCUUCGGUAAAGAAGUUUUCAAUCCCAAGUUCAUAUGCAUACAAAUACUGGCUAUGCAAGCGUGUUAUUAUCUACUACUGGUCUCUGGGGUAUGCAUCUUCAACCAGCUUUGUGGAGUGCCUGUGGCACUGAAUCGACUAUUCCGAGAUGAUAAUAUGGGGUUUGCCGAUACCGAGAGCUCGAUAUUGACUAUAGUUUUAGUUACAAUGAGCCCUCUGAUGUCUAUAAUAUUAACCUAUGUAGUCGAGCGCGCGAAGAAGUGCCUUGAUUUCGUGGUGACAUAUCAUAUGUGGCAUCUGGUCUCAACCUGUCUCCAGUUGGGAAGGCUACCAUCCUAUUUUUCAUGGUGGAUGUGGCACGUAACUGCUGCGACUAUAACAGUGCUGCUGGGCGAAUAUCUAUGCAUGCAGCUGGAGAGUCGGGAGAUCUCUUUGGGAGGAGGCAACGCUGUGUUGGAAGGCCGGAAUCCCCGAGGCGGACCCGCGAGUGGUGGAGUAGAUGCACGAGUUGAAUUGGACUCUGUCUAG